GCGGCCAGAGCGCCUGGAGGCGGGGCGGGCUCGGGAUGCCAUUGGCCGAGGGGCGUGCCCUGACGGCCGCUGCGCGCUUCCAUUGGCUGCCGGGACGGAGCAAGUCCGCCUGGCCCGGCCGCUGCCUCGGCAGUGUCCAUCCUCGCCGGGAAUGCUGAGCUGCGGCUGCAGGGCCAGUGGCUGGCCAGCGGCGCCAUGAGCCGCAGCUUGGACGCAGCGCGGAGUUUCCUGGAGCAGCUGGAGGAGCGGGGCGGCCGGGAGGGGGCGGUCCUCGCCGGCGAGUUCAGCGACAUCCAGGCUCGCUCAGCCGCCUGGAAGGCUGAUGGCGUGCGCUCCACCGAGGCUGGCAGCCGGCCUGGGAACACGAAGAAAAACCGCUAUAAAGAUGUGCUGCCGUAUGAUCAGACGCGAGUGAUCCUCUCCCUGCUCCAGGAGGGCCACGGUGACUACAUCAAUGGCAACUUCAUUCGGGGCGCAGAUGGAAGCCAGGCCUACAUCGCCACCCAAGGACCCCUGCCUCACACCCUGCUAGACUUCUGGCGACUCGUCUGGGAGUUUGGGGUCAAGGUGAUCCUGAUGGCUUGUCGAGAGACAGAAAACGGGCGGAAAAGGUGUGAACGUUAUUGGGCCCAGAAGCAUGAGCCACUGCAAAUCGGGCUUUUCUGCAUCUCCUUGACAAAGGAACAGUGGCUGAAUGAAGACAUGAUGCUCAGGACCCUCCAGGUCACAUUCCAGAAGGAAUCCCGCUCUGUGCACCAGCUGCAAUAUAUGUCCUGGCCAGACCGCGGGGUCCCCAGCAGUGCUGACCACAUACUGGCCAUGGUGGAGGAAGCCCAUCGCCUCCAGGGAUCUGGCCCUGGACCGCUCUGUGUCCAUUGCAGCGCGGGCUGCGGGCGGACCGGCGUGCUGUGCACCGUGGAUUACGUGCGGGAGCUGCUCCUGACCCAGAUGAUCCCACCUAACUUCAGCCUCUUCGACGUUGUCCUGGAGAUGCGGAAGCAGCGACCCGCAGCCGUGCAGACAGAGGAGCAGUACAGGUUCCUGUACCACACGGUGGCUCAGAUGUUCCGCUCAGCGCUCCAGAACGCCAGCCCCCACCACCAGAACCUCAAGGAGAACUUCGUCCCACUCUACGAUGACGCCCUCUCCCUGCGGACUUCCCAGGGGCCUCUUACCAUACCCCGCCCACCAGGCGGGGUCCUCAGGAGCAUCUCGGUGCCCGGGACCCCGGCCCUCACCAUGGCCGACACGUACGCGGUGGUGCAGAAGCGCGGGGCCCCCGCGGGCGCCGGGCCUGGGGCGCGGGCGCGCAGCGCUGAAGAGGGGCCGCUUUACAGCCAGGUAACGCCGCGCGCCCAGCGGCCCGGAGCGCACACCCAGGACGCGCAAGGGACGCUGCCUGGCUGCGUCUCUGCUGACCAAAGCCCCGCCGCGGCUGGCGCCUACGAGGACGUGACGGAUGGAGCUCAGACCAGUGGGCUGGGCUUCAACCUGCGCAUUGGGAAGCCGAAGGGGCCCCGGGACCCCCCUGCGGAGUGGACCCGGGUGUGAGCGCUGCGCCACCUCCUGCCUUCUCUCCACAAGAGCACCGGACUUAUGCUGACAGCCCUGCUCUGCUCUGCCUGACCAUGGGGAUGGGGACACCGGGCCUGGAUCAAAAUAAAACGUGGGGGCUUUGCCCUAAUGAUUACAA